AUGGACGGCGGCUUCGAUGAUGAUGAGCCUUUUAUAUUCAGGCUGAAUGACAGCGGCACGGGGCCUGGCCUGCUGGUGAAGGUAUGUGCUGAGCGUGGCUGGCGUAUGUACCCUGGUUACCACAGUGGCUUAGAAGAACGUUGGAACCUUUGGUGGAAGACCAGCGCCUUCCCGGCAGCUAGCUACAAGACUUUAGGAGACUGGCAGUUCAUGAACCAUAUACCAAAAGGAGGAUCUAUAUGCAGAAAAGACAAUCUUUCUCGUCUGCUACGUUGCAUGAAGAGGAUUUACGGAGCUGUGUACGAUUUUAGCCCUCCAUGCUACCAUUUGCCCUUGGAGUACGCGAAGCUGGUGACAGAAUGCUCUCGACUGCGACGGGACGAGAAUGGAGCGGGAGCUAAUGUCGUCUGGAUACACAAGCCCGUCGCCCAGAGCCAGGGAAGAGGGAUCUUUUUGUUUAGGAGCCUGUGUGAGAUGAAUUGCGGGACGUCGGCGGUGGUGCAGCGCUACAUCGAGCGGCCUCUGCUGAUCGCGGGCUACAAGUUCGACCUCCGGCUGUACGUGUGUGUUCCCGGGUACAGGCCUCUCACAGCCUACAUGUAUGCUGAGGGACUUGCGAGAUUCGGCACGGACAAGUACACGCUAUCGGACAUCCACAACCCGUACCGCCACCUGACGAACUCGUCCCUCAACAAGAGCGGCCCGCGAUACGCUGAAUGUAAGGACCGAAUCGGUAGCGGGUGCAAAUGGACUUUGACGCAAGUUCGAAAGGCCCUUAUCGGACGUUGGGGGGCGGCGGAAUGGGUGGUGUGGCAGCGGAUCAGGGCGCUGGUGACACUGACUCUGCUGGCCCAGGCGGCUGGUACUCCACCAGCCAGAAACUGCUUCGAAUUCUAUGGAUUUGAUGUCUUACUUGAUGAUUGCUUGAAGCCAUGGUUGCUGGAGGUGAACCUUUCCCCGGCGUUAGCAUCUGACUGCGAGGCUGACGUGGUGGUGAAGCAACCGAUGCUGCAUGAGCUGUUCGACCUCCUGGGGUUACCCAUGAAGCAUACUGGACUCGCCAAGUUGAAGGCACCUCCUCCUCCGACCCAACUUACCAACAGUUCGGAGGAAGAGAAUAAUGGCGGCAGUCGCGCGCGCAACCGCUCGGCGGGGCGGCGCACUGCACGCCCGCGCCGGCGUCGCGCGCUGCCGCUACACUGCGUCACGCUGGCGGGACCCGGCGCCACCACCAACACGCCACCGCCCACGCCAUCCAACGGAUUACCCGAGAAAGAGAGAAUUCAGUCCUCAUCAAGUGGGCCCACACCCCCAACGGAGCCUGUGGACGAGUCGUGGCGUGGCGGGUACUCCACGGCUGCUUCACGCCGACGUGUGAUGUCUGCCUGCAAGUGGGGGAAUGGCGUUUGCUGGAACAGGGCCAUCGGCAGGGUGGGCCACUGGGUCAGGAUAUACCCCCAUUCCUUGCCUAAUAAUGAUGAGUUGCCAGUAGAAGAUGUGAGAGAAAGUGUGGCUCAAGUGUCAAAGUUCGUGCGAGCGGCGAGGGAGGUCAGUCGGGAAUUCGGCAAGGAUACUUCGGGGCCCCGUGACGCAUCCAGAGAUGCCGUUUUCGAAGAAGCACUCCGAAAAAAGUUAGACUUUGGGCCCCAUUUCCAAGUGUGGCUGCCCCCCUUUUAA